AUGUCGACUCGUCGCUAUCGGUCUGCCAUCGCCUGCCAGACAUGUCGGGUGCGCAAGGUGCGAUGCAGCGUGUCCAUGACGGGCGUGCCGUGUAUUAGUUGCGAGCAGGACCAGACGGAAUGCAUCUUGAAGCCGAGACAGGGCAAACGUCCCGGGGGUGACGUCGUUGCACCACCACUCAGGGGCUCGCAGGCGCCGCUGGACACACCGGAUACUAGAGCUUCAGCUGCGUCUAGUGACCCAAGCGCCGCCGACGAGGAGCAGCUCGGUGUGGACAUGGUGGAGGCGGCGUUGGGGCAUCCGCGAAGAGAAGGCCAAGUCCCGUACUACAUUGGCGAGCAAACAGGGGGACCAACCUCGACUAUGCAUAUCUGCACAACUGACCACGCCAUACCAAAGCAUCUCCUCAUGCCGGCAGCAAAGCAGACCAUCCUCACCGAAGAUGAAAAGGCCUUUCUCCGCAGCAAGGGCGUCUAUUCGUUCCUGUCGGAAGCAUCUUCCGACAGCUUGAUCCGGGCGUAUUUCCACCAUGUCCACCCCAUUAUGCCCAUAUUGGAAGCUGACAAGCUGCUGGAGUAUCAUCGCUCAAAGCGGCUCCAUGAGUAUAAUCUCAUACUGCUAUGGGGCCUUUUUACGAUAGCAAGUAACUACAUGCCCGUAGAGGUAUAUGAAAAUGAAGGCUUUGCCUCCCGAAAGGCCUUCCGAGCCGAGAUGUUCUCUCGUGCAGUUUGUGCAUAUCACAACGUUGGUGAAAAGAAUAACCUGGUUCUCCUCCAAGGAGCUCUGCUUCUCGGCUUCUGGAAUUCAGACAUCGAGGACCACAUGCAGCCAUGGCAGUGGAGCGGAAAGGCCAUCAACCUAUGUCAGAUCCUUGGCCUUCACCGCGACAUCGACUCCGUCGGAUACAACGCAUCCAUCACCGAGCGGCAGCGCUCGCUAUUCCGCCGACUCUGGUGGACGUGCUUCUGGCGGGACCGCUGGCUGUCCGUUUCCCUGGGGAGGCCGUUGCGGAUCAACCUCGACGAGUCUGACACGUCCGAUCCUCUGGUCUCGGAUCUUGCCAUCGAUCUCGAGGGAAUUCCGGAGUCUGUCACCUCAGCCUACUUGCCGAGGGAUCUGCCCCGGCUGGCUGAAUACUGGACGCAGCUUAUACGAAUGACCAAGUUGCUGGGCAAGACUCUCACCACGUGCUAUCAACUUCGACGGCCUAAGCCAACGAUCGCCCAGAUUGACGCUCUCGAGGCAGAACUGAUGCGCUUGAAUAUGCCAGAUCAUCCGGACCCCAUGCUCUCCAGACUAGCGACCUUUUACUAUUACCAUCUGCAGCUGCAUUAUCAAGCCUUGCUGGUCACAUUUUAUCGACCGUGUAGCGUGGAGUCUCCUUCGGAUCUUCCCACCUACCGCCAGAGGGAAUGGCAGCAAGAGAUGCAGGGAAAGGCCAUGUCCGCCGCCUCCAAGACGUGCAACAUUGUCUAUGCUCUGGCCCAGGGCAACUUCUUUUCCUAUGCUGGGCCAAUGACACCAACGCUUCUCGUCCCUGCCAUGCAAGUCUAUCUCCUCAACUGCAAAUUCGGCGACGCCCUCUCCCGCCGCCUCGGCCUAAACAUGCUCAACAUGUGCAUGAUGAUCCUCGAAGAGCUCCAAAAGACAUACUCGGUCGCCUCCGUGUGCCGAGGCAUCUUCGGCAAGGCCAUCCAGCAGCUCUUCCCCGACGACGCCGCCAGCAUCUCGCUCACGCAUUCCCUUCCCGAGCCAGGAGGCAGCAGUACCUUAUCCCCGUCGUCCUCCUCCUCCGCCUUGCCUGUGGCUGCUGAGCAGCUUCCGCCCAUGACGACGGUUGCAACGGAUCCGACGCUGCAGCUGGAGCUGUUUAGUGUGAAUGCGACCAAGGCGGAUUUCAUUGAUGCGCUUACGGCGGAGGCGUCGAUUUUCAGUUUUGUUGAUAUGUUGAAUUUUGCGUGAUG